AUGAGUCACAGGCGAUGCAUCCAUGUACCCUUUGUUGUCAUCGGAAGCGACGACACACCCCGCUCCUGUCGAGGAGGCUACUUUUUGGAAAUGGGCAUUUUCUUCCACCACAUUCUGCGCGGCCUGGGAUUCUCCUUGUACAUGACGGGUGGUCGAAGCCGGGAUCGGAUAGAUGGUAUACCGGAAGGGGAGUUCAUGGGAUGGGCACACAUGGUCAACAUCGUCCGUCUACCUAGCGGCAUAGAGUAUUAUCUGGACGCAGCGUUCGGCGGAAACGGGCCAACAAGUCCCCUGCCGCUGAUCUCGGGGCAGGUAACGAAGAACCUGGGCUCGCAGGAGGUGCGACUAAUUUACGACAAUCUACCGAAGCAGACACGCAAAGAGCAGAAGGUAUGGAUAUACCAAUGUCGCUAUGCCGCGGAUAAGCCAUGGAAUUCGUUCACUUCGUUUGCGGAACUGGAGUUUUUCCAGGGUGAUUUUGAAGUGAUGAACCGGUUCACGAGUUGGGAAGCUGUGGAAAAACACAGAUUCGUUGUGGUCAAGUUUAUUCGAAAUGGAGAAACGGCGGGACUGCCUUUGUUGGAGGGAGAGGGGUUGGAGAAGAGUGGUGAUGUUUUCGUUGCUGGGAAGAUUAUGAUGGAUAACAACGUCGUCAAGUUGAAUAUGGGUGGGAGAACGAGGGUCAUUGAUUCAUUUGAAACCGAGGAGGGGAGGUUUGAAGCGCUGAAGAAGUGGUUUUCUAUUUAUUUAGGAUGA